AUGGCGAUGAAUAAGAUCCGUGGCGCCUUUGCGGUGCCCCGAAAAGGAGAGACCUUUGAAUUGCGAGCUGGCCUUGUCUCUCAAUAUGCUUACGAGCGGAAGGAAUCGAUUCAAAGGACAAUUAUGGCCAUGACCCUAGGCAAAGAUGUCUCAGCGCUAUUCCCCGAUGUUCUCAAGAACAUUGCAACCUCCGAUCUCGAACAAAAGAAGCUGGUUUACCUCUAUCUCAUGAACUACGCCAAAUCACACCCUGACCUUUGUAUCCUCGCCGUGAACACUUUUGUUCAGGAUUCGGAAGACCCCAAUCCGCUGAUCAGAGCCCUUGCUAUUCGAACGAUGGGAUGUAUUCGCGUGGAUAAGAUGGUGGAUUACAUGGAAGACCCCCUGCGCAAGACUCUUCGUGACGAAUCACCAUACGUACGAAAGACUGCUGCAAUCUGUGUAGCAAAGCUGUUUGACCUGAAUCCAGCAAUGUGUCUCGAAAACGGAUUCUUGGAGAUGCUUCAGGAGAUGAUUGGUGACCCUAACCCAAUGGUGGUUGCCAACUCUGUCACCGCACUCUCAGAGAUCCAGCAUACCGCGCCUGAGACUAAGGCAUUACAAGUCACUCCCAACACUCUACGAAAGAUGCUCAUGGCACUGAAUGAAUGUACAGAAUGGGGUCGCGUAACAAUUCUCUCAACGCUUGCCGAGUACCGCGCAGCCGACGUCAAGGAAUCUGAGCAUAUCUGUGAGCGAGUCGCUCCCCAGUUCCAGCAUGUCAAUGCUAGUGUGGUUCUCGCGGCUGUCAAGGCAGUGUUUCUCCACAUGAAGUUUGUAGGACCUGAGCUGGCUAAGACUUAUUUGAAGAAAAUGGCCCCUCCAUUAGUGACGCUUGUUUCAUCGGCCCCCGAGGUGCAAUACGUCGCCUUAAGAAACAUCGAUCUUCUGCUGCAGAAGCAGCCCGACAUCCUGACCAAGGAGCUCCGUGUCUUCUUCUGCAAAUAUAACGAUCCGCCCUAUGUCAAAUUCCAGAAGCUUGAAAUCAUGGUCCGGAUAGCAAAUGAUCGCAAUGUGGACCAGCUUUUGGCUGAAUUGAAGGAAUACGCUCUUGAAGUCGAUAUGGAUUUCGUCCGUCGCGCCGUUCGAGCAAUCGGCCAGGUUGCUAUCAAAAUUGAGGGUGCCAGCGAGAGAUGUGUCAAUACGCUAUUGGAUCUGAUAAACACUAAGGUAAACUACGUUGUGCAGGAAGCUAUCGUGGUGAUCAAAGAUAUUUUCCGAAAGUACCCUGGCUACGAAGGUAUUAUCCCGACUCUUUGUCAAUGCAUUGAUGAGCUCGAUGAGCCCAACGCUCGGGCUGCAUUGAUUUGGAUCGUGGGUGAAUACGCUGAGAAGAUUGUCAAUGCUGGUGACAUCCUGGGUGGUUUCGUGGAUGGAUUCAAUGAGGAAUUUUCUCAGACUCAACUUCAAAUCCUCACCGCUGUGGUCAAGCUCUUCCUUAAGCGACCUGAAAAGGCCCAGGGUCUUGUGCAACGAGUGCUCCAAGCUGCUACUGCUGAGAACGACAACCCUGAUGUUCGUGAUCGAGCCUACAUCUACUGGCGGCUUCUGUCCAACACGAGUGAUCAAAAUGCCACGAAGAAAAUUGUUCUUUCCGAGAAGCCUCCGAUUGUCACCACCAUCUCCACGCUUCCUCCAGCCCUCUUGGACCGCCUCCUUCAGGAGCUUUCUACUCUAUCCUCUGUUUACCACAAGCCUCCCGAGCAGUUUGUUGGACAGGGUCGGUUCGGCGCCGACGCUGUUCAACGAGCCGCUAUCGAGGAACAGCUCCAGAAUGCGCGCGAGAACCCGUUGGCGGCCGCAGCGGCCGCAGCGGUCAGCGGAUCUGCACCGUCGGCGCAGGCACAAAACCACGUCGAGAACCUGCUGGACAUCGAUUUCGACGGUGGCGCCCCUGCUUCGGCACAGAAGGAGCCUACUGCUGGCAUGUCUGGUCUGGAGGGCCUGGCUGGCACUCCUGUGCGAGUCCAGUCUCCUGCGGUUGGCUCCUCAUCGCCCGCCCCUCAGGCCAGCAACAACCUGGACGACUUGCUCGGUGUAUUCGGAGACUCAGGAGCUACACAGCCCUCAUCAAGCGGUGUCAAUGCCGCCUCUGGUGAUCUGAUCAAUGGCUUCGACGGCCUCGAUCUGUCCAGCCACUCUGCUCCGCCCGCGAACAGCCAGCAGAAGACUAACGAGGAUAUCAUGUCGCUUUUCUAG